GGCUCAGCUGGUUUGAUGAUUUGUUUCGCUUUAAUCUUUUGAUGGUCAUGCCGUGCGCAGUUGCACCUACUGGAGGUGUGUUUGCCACGUGGCGUGGAGCCUCUGAAGGGCGAGUGCUCAGAGAAGCAGGCCCACGCUUGGAAUGUGGCAGCUGCAGUUCGGCUCCUUCUCAGUUGCGGCGGAAGCCAAAAGACAUGCUCCCGUCGUGGCCGCUUUUGCCGCUGGUGAUGGUGCCCAUGUCGAGCCGUCUCAGUCGCAAAGGCAAGCUGAAGGUUUCAAGACGGGUUCGAUGCAAUGCUUCUGAAGAUGAGGAAUCGAUGAGUAUGGAUUUUUUGCAAAAGUUAAUUCAGAAGCAGCGCUCCGCUACCGAGCUGGGAAUUUGUACCAGAGAGUGGCAUCCAGAGAUUUUUGACGAUGUUCCGCCAGGCUACAGAGACGCACUGGAAUCUGGGAUUGAUCUUGUAGACGUCCUCGCCAAUGGCAGUGCUCUGCAGCUUCUGGCUGAUGCAAAGAGUCAACCACGGUUUUGUGUGCGUGUUGCACCGAAGCCUACGUUGGGCCUUGGAUACAUUCUUAACAAAAAUCUUGUUAUGCACCUGACUGUGCUGAGUCCACUUCAGCAAGCAAUGAAGAGGCUCAAUGUUGGGUACAUCGAGACGUUGACUAUCCACAGUGACGGACAAGGACGGAUGCACUUUCCAUUCUGGGUCUACGAUGCUGUUGUUGAAGCCUACCAGAAGGGGCUUUGCUCGAAAAUCGGCAUCAGUCACCCCAAUGCCGAUGCCAAGACGGUGAUGCAAGCCAAACAGGAGCUUGAGAAGCGUGGUGCAACGCUCUCUUCUGUCUUUGUGAAACUAUCUCUCCUCGAGCGAGAGGCCAUCCAACUGGUUAAGGACUGCCGAGCUCAGGGGUUGCAGGUCUUUGCGACGAAUGUCCUUGGGCCUGAUGAGCUUGCGUCUGGCAGAUACACUGCUGCCAAUCCGACCGGCGGUGAGAUCUCCGUGCCUCGCUUCACCUUGGCUCAGCUCAUGCCGUUGCGGCCGCUCCACCAGGCAUUGGAAGAUGUCGUGAAAGGGCUCAGGAUAAGAGCUGAAAAGCCUGAAAUCAGUACGACCCAGGUUGCUUUGCAGUGGGUUGUCAGCAAGGGUGCUAGUCCCUUGUGCGAUGUCACGACAGAGGCAAAUGCCAAGGCAGUGACUGGUUGCACAGGUGAAGAUGGCAGCUGGAAGCUGACCCCUGAAGAAGAAGCAAUGCUGGAUUCUGCUGCCGAUGAAGUUGCGAAAGGCCGGCGAAGGUGGUGACGGGACAUGCCAGCUGCUCAAAGAGAGGUUUGGUGACGUGGAUCCAACGACCACUUCAUGAACUGCCUUGAGUGAGGUCUUUGCCUGCAAUUGCCCUUGCAAGUGACGGCAUUUCCACUUGAGGGUUUCUGCUGUAAAAGAUCAGCGCAUUACCGAUGAUUACAUCAUCAUGUUGUCAUGGUUUGCUUGGAAGUGGACUGUACCAGAGCCAAGCAUGACUGAAGUGAAGCCCGGGGUGGAGAGCGGAUGGGUGGCAGCUACAGAUUCUACAGGCACAGCUUGUGGAAUUUCUGUUUCCAGAGUCGACUGUGACCUCAUGACCAGUGAAGAAGCGCAG